AUGUUGUUGCCGCCAAUUUUGCAACUACUCUUUACGAGUUUCGAGUAUCCAGGAAUCUCAAUUGGACAUGAAGCAAUUCGACUUCAUCUAUUCUCCGGCCCAGUCUUGAUCACUUUAAUCACGAACAUUCUGGCCACAUUAACCAUCGUUUUUCUCUUCUCCGAGCCAGCUUCUUUAGAGCAAAUGAAAAUCCAAGAAACACUUAAUAAGGGAAAGCAAUCAGAGAAAUUCGAGAGUUGCUCUUUUGGAGUAAAGACAAUGAAUUUCUUGAAAAAUCCCAGCUUCUCUUGGCAUCUUAUCUCUAUGAUUUGCUUAGCAAAAGUGGCUAUUUAUGCCUCGAAUGCGACUGUGACUGUGGUCCAUUCUGCUUGGUCACAAAUCGCUUUUGGCUGGUCUUCUUCAGAAACAGUUAUCAAAUUAACAAAUGCAAAGAUUUAUUUGGGAAUCGUCUCCAUUACGAUCACACUCGUGCUUUUUAAGCUAGGGAAAAAAAUCGGCGACCACGUGGUUCUUUUGAUCUGCUCGCUUUUUAUUCUCUCGCAUUUUAUAAUCACCUAUCCUAUGCCCGAAUUGGCAACCCUGACAACACCAUUGUAUAAUGAAACAACUCAUGGAGGAUGUAAUGAAAUAGAAUACUCAUGGUGUGGAGCAAGAGUUGGGAAUUCGGAUGUCUGGGUCUAUUCAUCGGUAGCCCUUAUGGUAAUCGCUGUGCAAAUCGCAUUGGUCUCAUCAGACGCAAUUUUCUCGAAUCUUCUAGAGAAAAUUGAUCAGAGCAUGAUGCAAGGGUUGUUAAUUGUUUUGAGUGAUGCCGUUCAAAUGAUCGCUUCAAUGUACUCAGCUGAUUUGUUCACUCGUUGGGGACUUGAACCGCUUUGGAUUCUCAACAUUUUCAUCUCAAUCUUUGUCGUUUUCGUUUCAAUAUUCUAUUUUAAAAGAUUUAAAUUG